AGCUUUGGUUAGUAGUAGCCGUUCAGCCGGUUCAUCUCGUUAUGCGUCAGGGAUUGAAGUGUGUACAUGCUCCGGUUAGGUCUUGUGAUGCACCGUGGAAGGUAAAGGGUGGCAGUCUUAAUCGCUCUCUGCAUAAGUGUGAAAGUACUUGGUGAGAACACAGUCCAAGGGAACCUUCUAGGUUGAUAGCUAACUAGCUUCUACUACCGGUGACUGCUAACAGACGGUGUUAAACGACCUGGUUAAAACUUAAGCAGGUGAAUGAGAAUGGCGCAGGGGCUACCAGACGUGGUCUCCUUUGCUCCAUUCACACUGUUCCCCACACCUGUACCCAAAGCUGUAUUCUCCCAGGCUCUGGCAGUGCAAACACACUACAACACCCUGGUGGACAAGAUUAGUCAGGAUGCAGACUUCCUACAAGAAGCUUUGGCUAGUACCAUCGCUGUGGAUGAUUUCACUGCAAGGUUGUUCAAAAUCCACCAACAGAUCCUUAAAGAAGGCAGGUCACAGUCCAUUGUGUUGGGUCUCAAUCGGUCUGACUACAUGCUGGACCAGAGAGAGAAUGACACGCCAUCGCUAAAGCAGAUAGAGAUCAACACCAUUGCUGCCGGUGUCGGAGGCCUUUCAUCGCGCACGCCAGAUGUACACAGACAUAUCCUGAAGAUGGCCGGCAGGCUGGAGGAGAGCGAGCGUAUCCUGGAUAAUAAUCCUGCAGCUGGUCUGGCCAGGGCUAUUGCCAAAGCCUGGGAGCUCUAUGGAUCAGAGAAAGCAGUCGUCGCGUUCUUUGUGGAAGACGUCCAGAGAAAUAUCUUUGAUCAGCGAUUCGUUGAGUAUGAACUUUGGAAGAGAAACAUUCACGUAAUAAGACUGCGGUUUGAAGAUGUCUUUAAAGCAGGCUCCCUUGAUCAGGACAAGAGGCUUUUUGUGCAUGGCAAAGAGGUCGCCGUGGUGUAUUUCAGGAAUGGUUACAUGCCUGACAACUACACUUCUGAACAGAGCUGGGAUGCUCGUCUCCUCAUGGAGCGCUCUCGAGCUGUGAAGUGUCCAGAUAUCAGCUCUCACCUGGCUGGUACCAAGAAGGUUCAGCAAGUGCUCGCCAGACCUGGAGUCCUGGAGAGGUUCUUCCCGGACCAGCCUCAAGCUGUGCAGCAGAUCCGAGCUACGUUUGCUGGCCUCUACACUCUAGACAUGGGUCCAGAGGGGGACAAAACAGUGUCAAUGGCCUUGGCAGCACCAGAGCGGUUUGUCUUGAAGCCUCAGCGAGAAGGAGGAGGUAACAACAUUUAUGGAUCAGAGAUCUGCCAGGUCCUGGAACAAGUGAAGGAGAGUACCGAGCGUACAGCCUAUAUUCUGAUGGAUAAAAUCCAUCCAACCCCUGUAAGGAACUAUCUGAUGAGACAAGGCAGCCCCCUGAAAAUAAGCAACUGUCUCAGUGAACUGGGAGUGUUUGGAGCAUAUGUAAGGCAGGGUAAAGACAUGGUGACAAAUGAGUGUGUGGGCCAUCUGCUGAGGACCAAGAGCUCAGAACACUCAGACGGGGGCGUCGCAGCAGGAGUGGCCGUGCUCGACAAUCCUCUGCUGUUCUGAGAUUUCACACUCCUGCCUGCACAUACAAACCACAGUGAAGUCACAGCAGAAAUGUCUCUUUAAAAGAAAAAGAAAAAGUCUUUGUUUAUUUUUUUAAUAAGUUCAGUAAUUAAGUGAAGAAGAGUGAUUAGAUAAAUUGUUUCUUGCAUUUUUGAAUUAAUGAUUGUGUUUAGGAUUAUUUCAGAAACAUGUUUAGAGGAUCUUUGUAAGCCUGUAUUUAUUUUAAAAGAAGGGAAGCACUUCUUCGUUCUACAGAAAAGGUGACACAUUACAGAUGAGUUCAUAAAAAGUGUCACUGUCACUCUUUCAAGGCUCUGUCACUUGGUAAAGUAGGCCUAGGCUGCCAUCUUGUGGCAGUGUGUUGUUACUACAACAUAUGAAAUUGUGUUUCUAUUGGAAAUAUAAUUCAGCGCCACUGAGCCGCUCUCUCAGUUACAAAAUGAACCCGUUUUUUUAGACAUAUAAAUCACUAAAGACAGUGAAGCUUUUGGUUUUGUAAAAGUGGUUCAUAAUCAAAAUGCACGUUAAUUUUAUAAGAGCAGUUUGAAGAGCAGUUAGCGGUGCAUUCAUGGACGUCUUUUAACUAUUAAUUUAACAAUCUUUUGUCACGAUGGCAUGAACUACAAACGUGAGCUCCAGGUGAGACUGCACAGAAGAACAAGUGUCCUUAAACUGCAUCAACUGAUGACUUCUUACAAUUUUAUUCUGUGUUUUUAUAAUCUUUGUGUACACAUACUAACACAAGCUACUGUAACUUAGAGAAGCUCAGCAAUAUAUUAUUAAGUAUACAAACAGUUCCAGGUUCUGGACUUUUUGAAGGGCCCACUUUGGAUCAUGUGAAGGACGUUCAGUUUUUCUUCUUCUAGGCAUUGAAGGGUUAAUGCUGUCAAUUGCAGUGACAGAUAACUUGCUGAAGUUGGUGCACCUUGUGGACCAAAGAAUAAUAUCCAGUAUGAUGUAAAUGAAAAAAAUAAAUCUUAUUA